CUUUCCUAACCUUAACCUCCUAACCUGAUACGCUAAUUAUCCUAACCUGCUACUAAAAAGUCACUUCGUUAUCGAAGUGGCGUGAAAAGAUUGUUUCACUUUCCCAUGACUUACCCCGGUGUCUUCGAACCCCGACAGCGAACGCCAUAUCAUCUCCCUCUUCUUUGAGGCCACUCGACGCCGUUUAGUGUCCACAUUCUACAACGAAUCAACAGGAAAUGUAUGUGUAUUGAAAGUACGACAGUAAGAAAGAAAAGACCGAAAUUGAAGGCACCUUAUUUGUUUAUGCCAGGUGUGCAUCCCCUCAUCAUGGCUUCACCAUCAUGAAUCGCCUGAGCACAGAGAAUCUGGUGGAGCCCAUCAACAAAGACCUUGAGUUUCAGCUCCAAGACCCCUUCCUGCUGUACAAGAAUGCUAACUUGGGCAUAUACAGCAUCUGGUUUUACGAUAAGAAGGACUGCCAGCGCAUCGCUCAGCUCAUGGUGAAGAUUGUGAAGCAGGAAGCCUUGCAGGGACACCGGGGCUCCCCAGAGAGGGCUGACGUCCCUGGGAGGACCAAUGGCUGCUCCAUUGACAUCCUGGAGCUCCUCAGCAAGGCCAAGGAUGAGUUCCACAGGACUCAGGCGGGGGAAACAGAGCAGAGGGUGAACACCGAGACGCUGAAAACAGCCGGUGACACUACAGAGCACGCUCACAGCGCCUCGCAGCCAGAACAGAGCUCCCACUCUGGCCAGAGGCAGAUCACUGUGGAGGAGCUGUUUGGCAGUUCUCUACCGAAGGAGGCCAGCCUGCUGCCAGCCAUGCCCACCCAGAGUUCCACAGACCCUGCUGCCUCGGCCCCCGUCAGCUUCCUCCAGGCCCAGAGCUAUGCUCCACCCAUCCCUUUCCAGCCCUUACUGACACCCCGCCUCACAGCAGACCCAGGGGGAAACAACCGGCACCUCACCCCUGGUCUGAUCUCCCUGAUGGAGGCCAGAGGGAGCCCUGGCCCAGGCUACGCCCUCUACCCUGUGUUCUCCGGUGGACCUUCAGGGGACCCCCAACCCCAGCACUCUGUGUCCCCACUGUUGGUGACGCCAUCUGGGGUUGAGGCUUGCGGUCCUCCACCUGGCCCUCUGUCGGCCUACCUGGGGAAGGAACCGGCCUACCUGAAACCCAGCCCCUCUGAUCUCCACAAACCCACCCUCACACCUAGCGUCUUGCCCAGCCCGCUGGCCACACCCCAGAGCUUCAGAGAGCCAAUCACCAAGCCCGCUGCCCUCGGCAGCAUGCCCACAGGCCGUGUGCAGGCUGUCCCUAUGAAGGCGGGUCUUGUGGUACCGGGGGCGGGCACUUCACUUACGGGGGCAAAGCACUCCAUUCUGCUCUCACCAAGCGCCUUUCAGCAUUCUGUUGCCAAGACAACGGACCUGCAGAGGAAAGCUGCCCCUCCCUCGCCUCCGCCCGCAGCCACAGGGGUGGUGGAGCUCCCCCAACCCUCCUACAACAGGAUCCAGUUACAAGACACACUCAUCCACCUCAUCAAGAAUGACCCAGUGUUUCUCAGUGCCAUCCACGAGGCCUACCUCCACAGUCUCUCCAAGGACCUGAGCCACGUCAAACUAUAGCCCCAUUCCAAACCUGAGGCUGGGCCUGGACACGCCUGGACAGGGGCACCAGCCAACCUAGCCUACAGGUACUGGACCACUGGGGGCUACUGCUGGUCAUGUGCAGAGGCACAAACUGGCUCUGUACCUCUGGAGCAGCUAUGUGACUGCAGGAGGAGGACAGGACUCGAAUGUAGGAGGCUCAUAUCAUUGUUCUCCUACCCUGUGUGGAGGAGAAGGUGAAUGGGGACAUGUUACAGUCACAGUAGUGUCAAAUCAAGUACGCACUCUAGUAAGACAUAUUGUUGAUGAGAAAUAAACCCCGGUGGAAGGAGGAUGAUAAUAAGGGUAAACCGUAAACCCUCAUAUGUCUUGGGAAAGAGCCUCCGGCCCUCUAUGGUGAGGUCAGUGCUUAGGGACUUGCUGUGCAAGCCAAACUUCAUUCAACUCCAGGUCCACUUCCUUGUUCUUCCUCAGUACAGCUGGGAUUCUACACACUCUCUCGUACCCCCUCUCUCUCUUUCUCAAUCUCUCGUGUCCUUCUUUCUGUCAUUCCCUCACCCCAUUCAUGACCACCAGCCUCUGUCGCUAUGCCUGUUAAGGGAUGUGUGCAAUAGAUUGCAAUGCCUUUUGGGAGAUUCUAGUUUUUUUUUUUAUAUGACCAGGCUUAAGUGUGUUUUUUCCCAAGGGUUUAGACAGAGAUUUGUUGUAUUCAUUUAGGCCCUAUGACGUGGGGUGAGGCAGUAAAAGCUACUGCAAGACUGUACCUGAGCUAACUGCAAUCAUCAAAAGGAUAAUCUUGUUUAAUAAGGUUGAUGUCCGCGCCCCCGUGGAAAUCCAAUUGGCAUAAUGAAUUUUUUUUUAAACAUAAAAAUCAGUCAGUUUAAGCUAGAGAGCCACUGCAUCGGCCUAUAUCACGCUUCCACAUCUGGUGAAUGGUGACAGAGCUAGAGCGGUGUUUGUCAGAUCAUGAACAUCCCGAAAAUCGGUCUUCUCACAAAAUGGUCUGCAGUGUCUGAACAGUGACCCCUCUAUGGAAGGAUGGAUACUCUCACCAACACCAUAGUGUUCUCCGUUUCGCCCUACACCCGCCACACGUCAGGAGACUUGUCUGAAGUCGGUACAGACGAUCUGCCGC